AUGGAACCAUCAAGUUCGACGGAUAAUGGAAAGAAAUCGUCAAUCGGGAAUUUGUCGGCAAAUCUCACUGGCGGAAUGGGUUAUCAGAAUUUCCAAGACGUGCCAAGGUUAAAGCUGGUCGUUGUUGGCGAUUCGUAUACCGGGAAAACGAGCCUUCUCUACUCGUACACUGAACAACGUUUCGUCACCAAGUACGACACAACGGUUUUCGACAAUUUCGCUGUUAACAUCAACAUUGAGGGAAAGAGAUACCUCGUGAAUCUCUUCGACACCGCUGGACAGGAGGACUAUGCCCAUUUGCGAACACUUUCUUAUCCACAAGCGAACGUUUUUUUGUUAUGUUUCUCGAUGGUCGAUGGGAAAACGCUUGACGCAGCACAGAUAACGUGGAUGCCCGAGAUUCGAAAGUACACUGGUCAGAUGUUACCCGUGUUACCCGUGAUCUUGGUCGGCACAAAGGAGGAUUUAUGGGAGAAAGAGCCCGAAACACAGAGGCUAUCACUGGAAAAAGCUGAGAAAAUUGCACAAGAGAUGGGUUGCAUCUCGUUCAUCCCGUGCUCAGCACUCACACAACGCGGUUUAAAACGGGUAUUUGACGAGGCAUUUCUGGCCGGUACAGGAGCUCUAAUCAAAAACGAAGCUCCUCCACCGUUGUGUUGCUCGAUUUUG